AUGGCUUUCCUAAGCCCAGUUGCGAUGCUUUUUCUCAUAGCUGCUUUGGCUUUCGUCAUUAUAGUCCGUCUGGCUAUCGCUGCACAGUCAUCGUCUCUCAGGCACCUACCAGGCCCCUGGCACGUUAAACUAACGCACUAUGUCCUCAAAUAUUACACAGUAACGGGCAAACGUAUGUAUUACAUCGAUUACUUACAUCAAACGUUUGGCCCGGUCGUACGGAUCUCUCCAGAUGAAGUCUCCAUCGCUGAUCCAGAAGGUUUUAUCGCCAUACAUCGCAUGGGCUCUGGUUUCAAUAAGGCAAAAUAUUAUCAGGAACUUACUGGAGGGGCUAAACCUGGAAUCUUUACGAUGAUGAAUCCUAAAACGCACGCUGCCCGCCGCAGACUUUUCGCUCGUGCCUUUACUGCUUCCUCUCUCAGAGAGAACUGUGAGGCUAUAGUGCGUGCAAAGGUUGAGAUGGCGACAGACCGCAUUCGCUCCGAGGCAAUUGGAGGGUCUGCUGAUAUACAUAAGUGGUGGAAAUUCAUGGCGAGCGAUGUAAUUGGACAACUCUGUUUUGGGGAAUCAUUUGAAAUGCUGGAAUCGGGCAAGAAAAACAGAUACGUUGAAGUUCUUGAUGCCGUUGCUUCUGCGAGCACCAGACGUUACGAGCUACCUUGGCUGCACUACUUUCUCAGUUAUAUGCCCACCAAAUCUGUGCAACUUUUGACCAACACGAGGGCAGAAAUGAUAACCUAUAGCAGAAAGGCAGUGGAGAACCUUCAUCGCAACAAGGCUAACAAAACAAACCUAUUCGCUACAAUUGUAGCGGAGAUCGAGACCAAUGAGAAGGCGGAGCUUAGCGACGAGGUUAUUCGGGGAGAGGCCGCCAACAUGCUUAUCGCCGGGUCUGAUACGAUAUCCAGCUCUCUCACCUACACUAUCUGGGCUAUUCUCAAGAGACCUGAUCUUCAGCAGCGACUUGAGAAGGAGCUGACAGGACUAAAUGAAAAAUUUAAUGACGAAAUCUUGGAAAAGCUGCCGUUGUUGAAUGCUGUCAUUGACGAGUCACUGCGACUUUACGGUGCGGUUCAGGGAACCUUACCUAGAACCACUCCACCCUCUGGGGUGACCAUCGGAGGGUACAUGAUUCCUGGCGGUACCACAGUAAUGACGCAGGCAUACACCAUGCAUCGCCUUGCUCAAGUGUUCCCAGACCCUUUGCGGUUUGACGAGUCUCGAUUUCUACCUGGAGUGCCGACUGAGAGACAAAAGCAAAUGUUCUCUCCGUUCGGGACAGGAUCGCGUUCGUGCCUUGGAAUAUCACUGGCCCGAAUGGAAAUGAGGUUGGCUGUAGCCCUUUUAUUCCGCAAAUGCCACGGCCUUCGGCUUGCAAGUAACAUGACGGAUGAUAUGAUGGACAUGGUGAGCUUCAUAGUUUCGAAGCCAGUCGCCAACAGAUGCAAUGUAGUGCUUUUUGGAAAUUAG